AUGCUAAUUAGACUAAUUAACCCUCUAAUUUUCCUAAUUAUUGGCUCGGAAACUGCUCUAGCUCAGGAUAAUGCCGCAGACUUGGAAUUCUCUCCGUAUGUCUUUAAACAUGUCGAUAUUCCGUUUAAAAAUAACAACUAUGCUAAAGACUGGUUUGGAUCUGAUGUAGCACUGGUGCAACAUCCAUUGUUGGCUCCUGCCAAAUCCAUCAAACCCGGAAAUCCAGUUUCUCUUCCAACCAUUGCUCCACUGGUCGUAAAAUGGUCGGAUUUGAAUAAUGUGAAAAUCAAUGAACAAAUUGGACAGAAUUUCGAAAAACGAGUGGAUUCUCAUGUGUGGUGGCCCAAUAAAUGA